CGGCGGGAGGCGGCGGGGCCGGAGCGGGGAGAUGCUCCGAGUCUUCAUCCUCCACGCAGAAAAUGUCUGCACGCCGGACGCCGACAUCAGCGAUGCCUACUGCUCCGCCAGCUUCGGAGGGGUGAAGAAGAGGACUAAGGUCAUCAAGAACAAUGUGAACCCCGUGUGGAACGAGGGCUUUGAGUGGGACCUGAAGGGGACUGCCCUGGACCCAGGUGCUGAGCUGACUGUCGUGGUGAAAGACCAUGAGACUGUGGGGAGGAACAGGUUUUUGGGUGAAGCUCGAGUGCCCCUGCGAGAUGUCCUCUCCUCCCCCAGCCUGGCAGCCUCCUACAACCUCCCCUUGCUGGACACCAAGAAGCAGAGCACUGGGGCUUUCCUCAUCCUGCAGGUGUCCUACAUCCCCCCGCCCGGAGCUGUGCCUCUCUUUCCCCCUCCAGCUGCCCCCGAGCCGGCCCCGGCUGCUGCUGAGCCCGACGCUGUCACCGGUAACCACAAACCUUCUCCUGGGGGGCCCUGGGGGCCCUGCCCCCCCCAGCACCACGUCUGUCCCACCCAGCCCCCUGGCCCCGCGGCCCCACAGCGCCUGCUCCCACCUCCCUCACCUCCUCCUCCUUUCUGCCCCCAUGCAGAGACGGCCGGAGAGGAGGAGACAGAGGACCAGGCGGUGACAGGAGAUGAGACAGAGCCCUCCUCCUCCUCGGGGCCACCGGGAUCCGACCCCCCCCUAGUGCCCCACAAGCCCCCCGUGCACCACGUGCAGGGCUUGAAGAGGAGGAGAAGCUCCCACAAGAAGCCUCUGUCCAACAAGCCGCAGGACUUCCAGAUCCGGGUGAGAAUCAUCGAGGGCAGGCAGCUCCCUGGGGUCAACAUCAGGCCGGUGGUGAAGGUGACGGUGGCGGGGCAGACCAGGAGGAGCAGGAUACGCAAAGGCAACAGCCCCUUCUUUGACGAGACCUUCUUCUUCAACGUCUUCGAGUCUCCGCUGGAGCUGAUGGACGCCCCCCUCUUCAUCACGGUGGUGGAUUCCCGCUCCUUCCGGGCGGACUCGCUGCUCGGGGAGUUCCGGAUGGACCUCGAGACUGUCUACUCUGAGCCAAAGCAUGCUUUCCUCAGGAAGUGGCUGUUGCUCUCUGACCCAGAGGACUUCUCAGCGGGGGCCAAGGGCUAUCUGAAAGUCAGCCUCUUCGUGCUGGGGCCUGGAGAUGAAGCACCUCUGGAGAAGAGGGAAGUUUCUGAAGACAAGGAGGACAUUGAGGGCAACCUGCUGCGCCCCACUGGGGUCACCCUGCGAGCAGCUCACUUCUGCCUGAAAAUCUUCAAGGCUGAAGACUUGCCCCAGAUGGAUGAUGCUGUCAUGGACAAUGUGAGGCAGAUCUUUGGCUUUGAGAGCAACAAGAAGAACCUGGUAGAUCCCUUCGUGGAAGUCAGCUUCGCAGGCAAGACGCUCUACUCAAAGAUCCUGGAGAAGAAUGCCAACCCACAGUGGAACCAGAGCCUGACGCUGCCAGCCAUGUUCCCCUCCAUGUGUGAGAAGAUGAGGCUCCGGGUGACCGACUGGGACAGAGUGACUCACAACGACGUCGUCGGCACUGCCUACCUCAGCAUGUCCAAGAUCUCGGCCCCUGGAGGGGAGCUGGAGGAUGAGUUUCCUGCCCUUGUGAAGCCUCUGAAAGCCCCAGACCUGGAUGAUGGCCUCGGGUUCCUGCCCACCUUUGGGCCCUGCUACAUCAACCUGUACGGCAGCCCCCGGGAGUUCACCGGCUUCCCCGACCCCUACGAGAGCCUCAACCUGGGAAAGGGCGAGGGAGUUGCCUAUCGUGGCAGGCUGCUGGUGGAGCUGGAGACCAAGGUGGUGGAGCACGUGGAGCAGAAGGUGGAGGACAUCUCCGCAGAUGACAUCCUGCGGGUGGAGCGGUACCUGCGCCGCCGGAAGUACUCUCUCUUCGCCGCCUUCUACUCGGCCACCAUGCUGCAGGACGUGGACGACGCCAUCCAGUUCGAGGUCAGCAUCGGCAACUACGGCAACAAGUUCGACACCACCUGCCUGCCCCUGGCCUCCACCACGCAGUACAGCAGGGCUGUCUUCGAUGGCUGUCACUAUUACUACUUGCCCUGGGGCAACGUGAAGCCGGUGGUGGUGCUGUCAUCCUACUGGGAAGAUAUCAGCGAUAGGACUGAUGCCCAGAACCUCCUCCACUAUGCAGCAGAUAGGUUGGAAGCAAACCUGGAGAAGAUCCACCUGGCUCUCAAGGCCAAUCACUCUCCAAGUGAGCUGGAUGCUCUGGGUGCCCAGCUGAUGGAUGACAUCAUUGCUGACUGCAGCCUGACCUUGCCUGAUGUCCUGAGGAAGCCAGCCAGCACCCACCUCGACCAGAACAUGUACCGCUUCCGAAGCACCAACCUGGAGCAGAUAGUGAAGGCAGCCCUGAAGCUCAAGCACGAGGACUCCAGUCUGUCAGCAGCCCUGGAGCAGGCAGAGGACUGGCUCUCCAGGCUGAGGGCCAUGGCAGAGGAGCCCCAGAACAGCCUCCCCGACGUGGUGAUCUGGAUGCUGCAGGGAGACAAGCGCCUGGCCUACGCCCGGGUGCCGGCCCAUGAGGUCCUCUUCUCCACCAACGUCUCCAACUGCUGUGGCAAGAACUGUGGCAAGCUGCAGACCAUCUUCCUGAAGUACCCUCAGGAGGAGGCGAUGGGCGCGAGGAUCCCAGCCCAGAUCCGAGUGCGGCUCUGGCUGGGGCUGGCGGUGGACCAGAAGGAGUUCAACCAAUACGCCGAGGGCAGGCUCUCUGUCUUUGCUGAAACUUAUGAGAACCAGACCAAGCUGGCACUGGUUGGGAACUGGGGCACGACUGGCCUGACCUACCCCAAAUACUCAGAUGUCACUGGCAAGAUCAAGCUGCCCAAGGACAGCUUCCGCCCUUCCGCGGGCUGGACCUGGGCUGGGGACUGGUUCAUCUGCCCCGAGAAGACGUUGCUGCAUGAUGUGGAUGCUGGGCACCUGAGCUUUGUGGAGGAGGUGUUUGAGAACCAGGUCCGGCUGCCUGGAGGCCAGUGGAUCCACAUGACUGACGCCUACACCGACGUGAACGGGGAGAAGGUGCUGCCCAAGGAUGAGAUUGAGUGUCCUCCAGGCUGGAAAUGGGAAGAUGUGGAGUGGGACACAGACCUCAACAGAGCUGUGGAUGAGAAAGGCUGGGAGUAUGGCAUCCCCAUCCCCCCUGAGCGCCGUCCCAAGGCCUGGGUGCCGGCGGAGAAGAUGUACCACACCAACCGGCGCCGGCGCUGGGUGCGCCUGCGCCGCAGGGACCUGGCGCAGAUGGAGGCCGUGAGGAAGCAGAAGCAGGAGGAGCUGGACGGGGAGGGCUGGGAGUACGCCUCGCUCUUCGGCUGGCGCUUCCACCUCAAGCAGCGCCGCACCGACAGCUUCCGCCGCCGCCGCUGGAGGCGCCGCAUGGAGCCCCUGGAGCGCACCGGCGCUGCCGCCGUCUUCGCCUUGGAGGGGGCUCUGGGUGGAGUGACAGAUGACAAGAGUGACGACGGCAAAUCCAUCUCCACCCUCAGUUUUGGUGUCAACAGACCCACCAUCUCCUGCAUAUUUGACUGUGGGAACAGGUACCACCUCCGCUGCUACAUGUACCAGGCACGGGAUCUGAUUGCCAUGGACAAGGACAGCUUCUCAGACCCCUACGCCAUUGUCUCCUUCCUCCACCAAAGCCAGAAGACAGUGGUGAUCAAGAACACCUUGAACCCCACCUGGGACCAGACACUCAUCUUCUAUGAGAUAGAGAUCUUUGGGGACCCACAGAACGUAGCUGACUCCCCUCCCAACAUUGUGGUGGAAAUAUAUGACCAGGACACCUAUGGUGCUGAUGAGUUCAUGGGGCGCUGCAUCUGCCGGCCCAGCCUGCAGCGCUCGCCGCGGCUCGCCUGGCACCCGGUCACCAGGGCCGGCAGGAACGUCGGGGAGCUGCUCGCUGCCUUCGAGCUCAUCCAGAGGGACAAGCCAGCUGUCCAUCACAUCCCUGGCUUCGAGAGUGAGCUGUCCUCCAGCCUGGAUGAGCUCUGCACCCCUGCCUUGUUCUACGAGGGGCUCCUCCAAUGGUCUGCUGACUCUGACCUGCCAUACCCACCCCCCCAGCGAGAGGCCAACAUCUACAUGGUCCCUCAGGGCAUCAAGCCGGUCCUGCAGCGCACAGCCAUCGAGAUCCUGGCCUGGGGGCUGAGGAACCUCAAGAGCUACCAGCUGGCCAGUGUCACCUCGCCCAGCCUGCUGGUGGAGUGUGGAGGCCAGUUUGUGCAGUCCUGUGUCAUCAAGAACGUCAAGAAGAACCCCAACUUCGAUGUCUGUGUGCUCUUCAUGGAAGUGCGUCUGCCGAAGGAGAGCCUCUACAGCCCCCCCAUCAGCAUCAAGAUCAUCGACAACAGAGCCUUCGGCCGCCGGCCGGUCGUGGGGCAGUGCACCCUCCGCGCCCUCGACGCCUUCUACUGCGACCCCUACCGGCAGGAGAAGGAUGGACCCCAGGAGCAGCCGGAUGAUGUGAGCCUCACACCCAGGGAUGAUGUCCUCAUUGACAUUGAUGACAAAGAGCCUCUUAUUCCUCUCCAGCUUGCAGAGGGUCUGACCAGCUCGGCACUAAUUAACACCCCAGCUUCUUGGGCCCAGUCUCAUGAGGAAGAAUUCAUUGACUGGUGGAGCAAAUUCUAUGCCUCCACAGGAGAGAGGGAAAAAUGUGGCUGCUAUUUGGAGAAAGGCUUUGACACCUUGAAGGUCUAUGAGACAGAGCUGGAGAGCGUGGAGGACUUUGAGUGUCUCUCUGACUUCUGCCACACCUUCAAGCUGUACCGCGGGCGGUCGCAGGACUCCAGCGAUGACCCCUCGGUGGUGGGGGAGUUCAAGGGGUCCUUCAAGAUCUACCCUCUGCCAGAUGACCCACGGGCCCCAGUGCCACCUCGGCAGUUCCAGCAGCUGCCGGCCAGAGGAGCGCAGGAGUGCCUGCUCCGGGUCUACAUCAUCCGUGCCUUUGACCUCCAGCCCAAGGACACCAAUGGCAAGUGUGACCCCUAUGUGAAGAUUUCAGUGGGAAAGAAAUCCAUAAAUGACCAAGAAAAUUACCUGCCCUGCACACUGGAGCCUGUCUUUGGAAAGAUGUUUGAGCUGAGCUGCACCCUGCCCCUGGAGAAGGACCUGAAGAUCACUCUCUACGACUAUGAUCUCCUGUCAAAGGAUGAGAAGAUUGGGGAGACCAUCAUAGACCUGGAGAACCGGUUCCUGUCCAAGUAUGGGGCACGCUGUGGCCUCCCCCAGACCUACUGCAUCUCGGGUCCCAACCAGUGGCGAGACCAGCUCCGUCCCUCCCAGCUGCUCCACCUCUUCGCCCUGCAGCACAGCUACAAGGCUCCCACCUACCAGCCUGACAGGAUCACCUUCAGGGAGCAGGAGUACAUCCUCUCUGAACUGGAGGACAGCAAACCCUUCAACCCUCACCUGGGGCCGGCGGAGGAGCGCCUUGCCCUGCACGCCCUGCGCAGGCAGGGGCUGGUGCCCGAGCACGUGGAGACCAGACGCCUCUACAGCCCUCUGCAGCCAGAGAUUGAGCAGGGAAAGCUACAGAUGUGGGUGGACCUGUUCCCAAAAUCCCUGGGUCAGCCUGGGCCCCCCUUCAACAUCACACCACGCAAAGCCAAGAGGUUCUACUUGCGCUGCAUCAUCUGGAACACCAGGGACGUCAUCCUGGAUGACCUCAGCAUCACUGGGGAGAAGAUGAGUGACAUCUAUGUCAAAGGCUGGCUGGUUGGCCAUGAGGAGAACAAGCAGAAGACAGAUGUGCACUACAGGUCCAUGGGAGGAGAGGGCAACUUCAACUGGAGGUUCAUCUUCCCCUUUGACUAUCUCCCUGCUGAGCAGAUGUGUUACAUCUCAAAAAAGGAGCACUUCUGGAGCUUGGACAAGACAGAAAACAAGAUUCCACCCCAGCUGAUCUUCCAGAUUUGGGACAAUGACAAGUUCUCUUUUGAUGACUAUUUAGGCUCCAUUCAGAUGGAUCUCAACAAGAUGCCUAAGCCUGCCAAGACAGCUGAGAAGUGCUCCCUGGAGCUGGUAGAUGAAACUCUGUCUUCCAGUCGCUUUGUGUCCCUCUUUGAGCAGAAAACUGUCAAGGGCUGGUGGCCCUGUGUGGCUGAGGAGAAUCAAAAGAGGGUCCUGGCGGGCAAACUGGAGAUGACUCUGGAAAUCGUGGCAGAGCAGGAGCACGAAGAGCGGCCGGCUGGCAUGGGUCGAGAUGAGCCCAACAUGAACCCCAGGCUGGAGGACCCCAAGCGCCCAGAAACCUCCUUCCUGUGGUUCACCUCCCCAUACAAGACCCUGAAGUACAUCCUGUGGCGUCGGUACAAGUGGCUGCUGCUCCUGGCCCUUCUGCUCUUCAUCCUGCUGCUCUUCCUGGGAGUCUUCAUCUACGCCUUCCCGAACUACGCUGCCAUGAAGCUGGUGAAACCUUUCAACUGAAGCUGUGCUGCAGGAGGUCUGCAAGGUCCAGUGCCUGCCUGGGGGUGUUGCAAGAGAGGCUGCAGCUCCCUGUGGGAUCCCACCAGCAGCUGGAGGAGGAGGAGGAACAGCCUCACCCCCUGAGAUACACCUGGCAGAGCAGGCAGAGUCCCACCCACAGCACUCACCUUGGAGGCAGCCCAGAAUGGAUUCCCUCCCCCAGAUGUUUCUUGGUUUACUCAUUUUCUC